AUGGCAUGUCUUGCUUUGGCAUCAUCAUCAGAUUUUGUUGAGCUACUUGGUUCUUCACAAGGAUGCUCCUUUGACAUCAAACCAGGAGAAGAUGAUGUGAUUGUAGUAACGAAGGAGAAUUUCGACACCUGCAACAGCGCUGAACCAUUAUAUCAAUUCAGGGGUCCAGUAUAUAUUAAAGCUCUCACUCCCGGCACAUAUUACUUCACUUGCAGCUUUGCCGGGCACUGCGUCAAGGGGCAAAAGGUAGCCAUCCAUUUUGAACCCUCUUCGAACGUGUUGCCUAGUGCAAGUCCAGGUCCAAGCCCCAGUUCGAGUGCUUCCGAUGAAUCUGUGGCUAUAGAACAUCUCCAAAUAUAG